AAGGUCAUAGCUAAAGAGAGCCCGGCUUGGUUGGUUAACUAAGGUAAUUCAUUAACAAUACUGAAUAUAGGAAUGCUCCCAAGCGGCCCGCCAUGCUUACCGCUUACUUGGUCGUCGCUAUUACUGCCAUAGGGGUCCUGAUAGUCCAUGCAUGUAUACGCUUCCUCAAUAACCUUCGAGAAGCUCAGCGAUCUAGACUUCCUUACACAUGGUCCUUAGUGAGCGAACACGAUCCUUUUGCCUGGGUCACCAAUACGCUUCUACGAUGGUGGUACAAAGAGUAUCUGCACAAGGGUGAGGGGUGGCCACGUUGGGCACGCUUUAUGAUUAUUGACUGGCAGUAUGAGGACCGGAGGCGAGCAACGCUCGAGUUUGGGGAUUGUUUCUUACUUGUCACGCCCAGUAGAUUAAUAUGUUACGUUAGUGAUCCAGAUAUGGUCUCGCAGCUAUUUAUGCGCCGGAAGGCAGUUAUCAAGCCUCCUGAAAAGAUGAAAAUACUCGCGCCAUUUGGCCGCAACAUAUCUAUGGCUGAGGGUGACCUCUGGAAGUUUCACCUGGGCAUCAUGCUGCCACCGCUGGGGGCAGAUUCAGUAGCGCAGCUGGUGUGGGACGAGACUUCGCGACAGGUCGAUAUGACGAUGGCGACAUGGAAGCCAGGUAGCAGCAACAAGGAGCGCAUUUAUUCCUUGACCAUGAAUACCAUGUUAUUAGUCGGUUUCGGGCGCCAAGCCCAAGGGGACAGCGAAAACCAGCCCAGUAAACUUUCAGGGGCCCACCAAUACUCACUAGUUGAUGCCAUGACCAACGUUACCAUGUAUCUGCCUCAUAUCUUACUUCUACCGCGCUGGCUACUGCGUUGGUCUCCAUGGCCUAUCGCAUAUCAGUGUGCCAACGAGGUCGACAGCUACAUUGAUGAACUAGUAGCCGAGGCACAAGAGAAGCUACUGGAAGACAGUACCGAGGCGCAACGCGAGACCUUGAUCACUGCCAUCUUACGCUCGAAUAUGGCCGCCGAAAAUGAUAAGAAGCAUAUUGAGUCGAUCGGCCGUUCCACUUUAACAAACGAGGAGAUUAGGGGCAAUGCCUAUAUUUUCCUCAUCGCUGGUUAUGACACAACAGCAAACACGACUUUGUUUACCAUGCUCGUGUUGAUUGCCCACAAGGAACUUCAAGAACGUUUGAUCGAGGAGAUCGACACCGUCUAUGCCCAAGCAGCAAAGGAAGGCCGUUUAAAUCUAUCGCAUGCCGAAGACUUCCCACGAUUCCGCUAUCUUGUUGCCUUCAUGUACGAGGUGAUGCGUAUUUUCCCAAUCGUGCCAACAUUGGCACGGGUCGCCUUUGAACCCCAGCAAUUAUCAGGCUACACUCUUCCCGGAAAGACGAGCUACAUCACUAACACGCCCGCCAUCCAUUACGAUCCCUCCGUGUGGCCAAGCCCGGAGAUCAUCGAGCCCCGACGAUGGCUUGUGGCAGAUCCGCACUCGUUUGAUCCAUGCAAGCCGCUAACAGCGGCACAGGAAACUGAGAUCCGCAAUGGUACCACCGCCAUUCCAGGGAACCGAAAGGGCACUUUUCUAACGUUUGGGGAGGGUCCGCGUGCAUGUCUCGGCCGUAGCUUUGCGCGUGUCGAAUAUGUUUCUCUUAUCUCGCGACUACUCCGCCGCCACAGGCUCGAGAUCGCGGACAACGAUGUCACUAAAGCUGCUCGCGUACUCAGGACAGCUCUUCUUCGUAGUGGUGAUUCGCCCGUUACACUCACACCGCCUGAGGAUAUACCAGUGCGGCUUAUUCCACGGGAGUAGUCAUGGUAUUUCUCGUAUUAGGUGCCGUAUAUACGCAUAUCCAACCCGCAUGGGUGCUCAAGUGUAUAUCCUAGGUGUAGGUGGCCUCUCCAUCGUCUUCCAGAUAGCCGAAAUAUCGAUAUAAUUACCUAUCAUAUAUCAAAUUCUUAGAAAUAUAUAGUGACCGAGGAAGGUAACGGAGCAGGAUAGUAGACUACGAGCGGAGAUUUUAACAGAACAGACGAUUAACAGAAAACCCAAUC